AUGCAUUGCUCCUACUGUGGCGAGACUAAUCCUCGCUGGAAGUCUGGCCGAAGUCUCAGCAGACAUCAGGCAGCUUGCUCGCGAAAAUACCUACGGGCGAAUUUACCCCCCCUUCCUCCAGAGCUUGAGGCACCUGAGCCUGCGCCAAUGCUGCAAGAUUUUGACAUGUUAGAGCCUGCGCCGGUAAUGGAUCUAGGCGUCCCUGAAGUAGAGAUUGAGCCUCCUGAAGCCCCGAGCGGACGAACGUUUCGACGCAAGCGGAUGACCUGGAAGAAGCGAGAGGCCAUGCUUGAUUUACCGCCAAGAAUUCAACCGGCUCCGCCUGGCGAACGUGAGCCAGCAAUCAACAACACGGUUCCACCCUCACAAGCAAUCCGUACCCCUCCUAACGCAAUGGGAAUGUACCGCAUUUAUCCCCAGAGACCGACGCAUAAUUCUGAUGAAUCAGUAUCUCUCGACGAUCUAGCUGAUGCAAACUGCAACACCGACAUUACCGAUACAGCUGAGCGAACAGGUCAAGAAACUGAUUUCGACGACAUGGGAAAUCGGGGGGGUCAAACUCCCUGGUCACCAUUUUUAAGUUCGACUAUCGCCAGGCUGCUCUGCUGGUUCCACAGCGGCUCAACCCAGAAAUCUGUCGCCGAGCUUGACUCACUCGUGAAGAAUGUAUUACUCAAGGAUGAUUUCGACACUGCCAGCCUCAAGGGAUUCAGUACAUCCAAAGAGCACAUGCGGGUCGACAAUGCCCUCAAGGUCAAUAACAAGGUAUCUCAACUAUUCCCCGGUACAAGCGGGUGGGAGCAGCGGAGCGUCGUUAUUUCGCUUCCUGCACCAAAAGUAAAGAAAUCCGAGGCUCAAGCUCCCACCUUUGAAAUCAAGGACAUCAAUAUUCGACCGUUACUCUCUGUCAUGCAAGAUGCAUUCCAAGGACCUGAAUUCGCGAGCCUCCACCUUACUCCCUUCGAAGAAUGCUGGAACCCGCUGGCCAACCACAACAAGCAACAGCCUGACCUCGAUUUACUCACACGCGAGCCGUUUUCGACUCUACCGCGAGGCCACGAACGAACAUAUAGUGAGAUUUACACCUCACAGGCAAUGAUGGAUGCCCAUCGCAAUCUUCCUGUUCACCCCACGCUCGAGACGGUGGUUGUUGCUUACAUGUUCUGGAGCGAUGCUACACAUCUCGCAACCUUCGGGACAGCUUCACUAUGGCCACUCUACACCUUCUUCGGCAAUUGCUCAAAAUACCUCCGCCUGAAGCCAACUAGCAACCACUGUCAUCAUCAGGCCUAUAUUCCUUCGCUUCCGGACUCCUUAAACGACCAAUAUCGCGAACUAUAUGGCCACGCGCCUCGCCCCGCAUACCUCACACACCUUAAACGUGAAUUGAUGCAGGCAGUCUGGCGGCUCUUGUUGACUGCUGAAUUCGUCCACGCGUUUGUUCAUGGUCUUGCUAUCAGGUGCUUCGACGGCAUCGUGCGGCUGUUGUUUCCUCGCUUCUUUACCUACAGUGCCGACUACCCUGAGAAAGUCCUCUUGGCAACAAUUAGGUAUCUCGGUGGCUGUCCCUGUCCUCGCUGCCUUAUUGCAAAGGCCAAGAUUCGGAAUCUAGGCAUGAAGCAUGACAUGUUGGCUCGUGAAAGGCUCAACCGAAUUCGCAUCGACUCAAACAGUAUUCAAAACAGAAUUGAAACGGCACGUAAACACCUUUUUGCUUUCGGGGCACUCGUAAACGGGACCAAAGUUGAUGGCCAGUUGAAGAAGGAUUCCCUUGUACCGACACGGAACGCCUUUUCUAUUCUUCAACCUCAUGGCCUCAACUUCUAUGCCUUGUUCGUUCCGGAUUUGCUGCAUGAAUUUGAGCUUGGGGUAUGGAAAGCUGUAUUUAUCCACCUCAUUCGGAUAUUGCACGUAUUAGGUCCCGAUUCCGUUGCAGCUCUAAACGAGAGGUAUCGGAAGGUACCGACAUUUGGACGAGAUGUGGUCCGCCGAUUUCACGCCGAUGCAGCAGCCAUGAAGAAGCUUGCAGCACGAGAUUACGAAGACCUUCUGCAGUGUGCGAUUCCUGUGUUUGAGGGGCUUCUCCCAGAGCCACACAAUCAAAUUGUCCUCGACCUCCUGUUUGCCUUAGCUAUGUGGCAUGCUCUAGCCAAACUCCGCCUUCAUACCGACUCUACACUAGGCCUUCUACAGGCAAGUACUGGAGAUAUUGGAGCCCUUCUUCGCAAGUUUUCCGAGAUGGUCUGCCCAUCUUACAGUACGAAAGACCUACCACGUGAGGCCGAAGCUCGAGUGCGAAAGGCGCGAAAGGCGGACUCCACUGGUACAAGCACAACAGAAGCAUCUGUCGUGACCACUAAGCUACGGUCGUUUAACAUGAAUACAUACAAGAUGCACGCACUUGGCGACUAUGCCACGACUAUACGACGGCUGGGAACAUCUGAGUCUUGGUCGACGCAAGUGGGAGAAUUAGAACAUCGCCGUGUUAAACGGCUGUAUGGGCGCACUAACAAGAAUAAAUAUGAAGAGCAGAUUGCAAAGCAAGAACAGCGUCAACGUACUCUUCGAGAAGUCAGGCGCCGCCUUAAGGAUGCUGAUAAUGCCAAUGUCAAUCCCCCGGCUGAGAUCCCAUUGAAGAAGAAGUCGCUCAAGCAAUCCCUCAACGAUCACUACUAUAUCUCAUCAUCUGGCCAAACAUCGGUCACGAUUAGCGAGUACCUAACCGCGCAUCAAAAUGACACGGCGUUUACAGAUUUCAUUCCAAAACUCAAGGCUCACCUUCUUGGACGUCUCCUCAAUGACACUGGAGAUGAUGAGCAAUACUCAAUGGACGACCUUCUCAAGGUUGUGAUUGCUAAUGACCGAUUGUACUUGCGCAAGGUGCUCCAUGUGAACUAUACAAGCUACGAUGGACGCCGAUGCCGUGAUUCAUUGAACCCCGGGAAAAACUCGGACUUUAUUACUGCUUCAAACGAGGACGACGGCGCAGCAGAUCAGCACCCAUUGUGGUAUGGCCGGCUUGUGCAAAUAUUCCAUGCCACUGUUCAUCAUCCACGCCUACGUGAACCACAAGAAGUCGACUUCCUCUGGGUUCGAUGGUUUGGACGCGACUUGUCAUUUCGGGCGGGCUUUUCCAAACGGCGCCUUUAUCGUAUUGGAUUCGUUGCUCUGGACGAUGAUGCGGCAUUCACAUUUGUGAAUCCAGUGGACAUCAUCAGAGCUGUUCACAUUCUCCCUGCCUUUCACUACGGUUUGACACAGGUUGAUGAAAUAUCGCCUGUAGCGGAUGCCACUGAAACGAAGAAUCAAGGAAAGUGGCAGUUCUUCUAUGUCGGAAUGUUCUCCGAUCGUGAUACGGUGAUGCGUUACAUUGGCGGUGCCGUGGGACAUCAGUCAGCACAGACAGCACAAGAUGAUUCUGUCGAAAUUCUAAGUGAUGACUCGGAUUCCGAGUUAGACGUUGAGGUCAAUGACGAGGUGUUAGAGGAGGACUUGGAAGAUAACAAGGACGAGGAUGUUGAGUUAUCGGAGGCUGAGGACGAAGAUGAUUUAGAUCAAUGGCUGUCCGAAGAAGAAGAAGAAGAUUCUCUUGAGGAUGCAGCGAGUGAGCAAUCGGAGGACCUACAAGUAGAAAUUUGGUAA